UUCCUCCGGAUUUUGGACGGAAAAUGAGAGAAUCCAUGGCUCCCGUCUCUGAAACCUUCACUCCCGUCUCUGCCAUGUCUUCUCGCUCACCCAUGUCUCUGCCAUGUCUUAUCGCUCCCAUCUCCUGUCUCUGCCAUGCCUCUCAUCUCUGAACAUCAAUCACAACCCUAAUUGCUGCGAUAAACAAUCGCAACCCUAAUUGCGAUAAACGGCCGCCUCUCUCCGUUCAAUCGUCACUGAGUUUCUUCGGUUUUGCUGCAAUGUCUUCUCGCCAAAACACAUCGAUGCCUAGGCGUAAGUUUGUGCCACCAAACGUACACCAUCAAUUUCCUGUGGAAACAAGAUCUGGCCCAAUUUUUCAUCAAAAUCAAAGACUCACAAAAAGCACAAUAAGAAGACCCUUUAUUCUUCAUUCAUCUGGGGUGAGCGAUCGUGAAUUUGAAGCUUUUUCAGACACUCAAUUUGUGCAUGACACUGAGCAUGUAAGUCCUAGAUUCUCUUUUAUGUGUUUGAUGAACUGUUUGGUUCAAUUAUCAUGUGUAUAAUUGUGUAUCUUUCAAACUGUUGGGAGAGCAGUGUUUUUUUGCUCCACCUUGAAAAAUUUGGAUGAAAUGUUGUUUAUUGAACACUGCUUUUGGCAGUGAAGGUGAUUACAUUUUCGCUUGAGUUAUAUAUGUGCUUGAAUCUGUCAAUUCAUUGAAAAAAACAUGUCGUUGGUGUGUUAAAAUUAUAGGGUAAAUAAAAUUAUGUUUAGAUAGUGUGUUAAGCUCAUGUUUUUAAUACAAGUCUGAGUAUGUGUUAUUAAAUGACUCUCAAUUCAAUGUCAUGUUUUUUUUGUAUGAACACACUACCAUUAUUAUAAAACAAAUAGUUCACAUUAUUUAAAGCACAAAUAUAAUGUGACAGUGCUUGAACUUAUAUGUUGUAGCAUGAAGGAACUAUUAGGGGAACUUGUUAAUGAUUAAAAAAAUGUGCUUCAGUCUCUCGAAUGGCCUAUGAACAUGAACUUAUGUAUGCAUAUGGGUUCUAAUAUUUAAUAGUUCUUUUAUUUAUUCAAAAAUAGAUCUAAAAGUUCAUAUUUUUCAUAUUCAAUAUCAACAGAGUAUAUAUGCUCAAUAGGUGGUAAUCUGCCACUGGAGAUACCAUCAUACUAUCUGCCUUGUGUUUGUUCACUUUGUUGGCAAUGGGUUGUGGUAUAUUUUACAUAUGUGCAGAUGUGUGACAAAUCAAAGUUAUCAUCCUUCUUAUGUACAACUUUCUUAUAUCAGUGUAUAUUUAUCCUUUGAAUAUUUUUCCGUGCAUCAAUAUGUCUAGAUGGAUGUAGAUGAUGAUGAGGAGCAAUGGGAAAAAUUCAGAAAGUGGGCUGCUGCUUGUGUUGUAGCCUAUGCCACCUAUGCUAUUUUUCUUAUCUCAUUAAUUCGAGGGCCAAAUCACAAAAAUGAUGAGAGUAUAAUAGAAAGAGACUAUGAAAGGCAAAGUUUGAUAAGACGUUUGACAAAUAUGAAUGAUGAGGACUGUCGUGAACAGUUACGAAUGAGGAAAGGUGCAUUUGCGAAUCUAGUAAAUAUUCUUAGAGGAUGAAUUCCUUCUUGAUUCUCUCAUGGAGCAAAAGCUAAAAGGACAAAAGAUCGGUGGAGUUUUCUCAAGUACAGCUUACAAUGUGGUAUCAAAAAAUGUCUCUUCUAAGUUUAAUUUCCUAUGUGGUCCUACUCAUAUCAGGAAUCGUCAGUUGGUGGAAUGUCAGAGUUCUCUCAAAUGACCAUAUAUCAAAAACUUACUGGUGAUGUGAGCGCUGCUCGUGCUUUUCACAAGUGUCCAACGGUGCAUAAAAAGUUGUGGCUACGCGUAAAAUUUGGUGAAGAAAUUUUUGAUGAUGAAUCUGUGUAGAUGUGCGCCCUGCUUGUGCACCCUGCUCUGUGUCUGGACGGGGGAUUUGUUACUAUUUUUGUUUAUUAUGCUUUAUGCAUAUAGAGAUGUUUAUUAUGUUGCCUCUUGUUAGAAGGGUUUGUCUCUCCACAUUUUGGUCUUGUUUCAAAACCAGUAUAAUGCUUCUUUUUAUGUGUUUUGUCUCAUUGUGUGUGUCUCCUUUUAUGCUUCUUUAUUUUCUUGUUUAAAAAAUUCAUAGCUCUUUUCAUAAACUGUGAUUAAGCUU